AUGCAGGCGGCUCAGGCCUUGGAUGGCAUGAGCCUCGACAAGAAGCACACGUUCAAAGUAGUGAAGUUCGACGACUUCAAUCGAAUUACCAGCAGAGCUGAUGAGUUCAGACCGCAGAGGAACCUGGCGUCCUAUUCCCGCGCCGACUUCCGAACGUGGCUCACGGACAAGAAAUGCUGGGAGCAGUUUCUCUUGCGCUACCAGACUGAAACAGAGAUCUAUUGGCACGACACCACCAUUGGCGAGCCAGCCCUGUGCUACGGCGGUGAGCGCGAGAAGCGCACUGGAAAGAUUUGGUGCGACUGGCAAGUGCAGUGGUCACCUCUGGGCCAUUUCCUGGCCACCUUUCACAAACAAGGAGUGGCGCUUUGGGCGGGCCCCGAGUUCACAAAGAAGAUCCGCUUUGCGCACGAUGGCGUGAAGCAUUUGGAAUUUUCACCAACAGAGGAGUAUGCCUUGACGUGGAACGGUACCGGCGCAUUGGAGAACGACCCUCAAGCUGUGCGCAUCCAUCGGGUGCUGACGGGCGAGUGCGUGCACAAGUGCCGAACUCCCACUGUGGCACCGCUGGGAGGUGACUUCCCUCACUUUUUGUGGAGCUAUGAUGGCAAGUACUUCGCAGAAUGCAAUGAGAAUGCGAUUUCCGUCCGCGAGACAGCGUCCUUCGAACUGAUCAGGGAUGAGGACGGCAAGAAGAAGACCCUGAAGUUUCCAGAUUUGUCGACCUUCCAAUGGUCUCCCAAGGACAACUUGCUGAGUGUGUGGUGCUUGGAGCAGGAGAACAACCCUGCCAGGUUGGUUCUGGUGGAAAUCCCAUCUCGUCGUGAGUUGGCAUCCAGAUCCAGAACGCAGGUGGAGGCCUCAAUGCAUUGGCAGUCCGAGGGCGACUACUUGUGCCUCAUCAAUACCAAGCUCAGCAAGACCAAGAAGAAAGGAGCCACUAACCUGGAGAUUUUCAGGAUCCGAGAGAAGAACAUCCCAGUGGAUAUCGUGGAGGUGAAAGACUCCGUCCGCGGCUUCCAUUGGGAGACCAAGGGGCAUCGGUUUUCCCUGUUGACCAGCGACGAGUCGGGACACCAUCCCAAGAUGUUCAUCUAUGGUCUCAGCAAGGAGAAAUGCGAGGCCUUGAGCUUCUUCGAUUUACCGUCCAACAGUUACAACAACUUCUUCUGGGCGCCUGAAGGCCAAUAUUUCGUUUGUGCCGCCGUGGGUCACGGCGACUUGCUGUUUGGAGGCAUGACCAGCGACAACAAGCUGGAGAUCCUGCACAAAGAUGAGCACUUCAUGCUUACAGAUGUGCAAUGGGAUCCAUCUUCCAGGUAUGUCAUUACUGCGGUGACUCAGCCGAUGCAAAAUGAGAUUGGCGGCUUCAAGUACAGCAUGGAGGCCGGUUUUGCCAUUUGGACCUUCCAGGGCCGAGUGCUGCACCGACAGCAAAAGGAGAAGCUCUGGCAGAUUUCUUGGCGGCCUCAUCCGCCCUGCUUGUUGAACCCGGCGAAGCAAUCUUCGAUCAGGAAGAACGUGAAGGCGUACUCCAAGAAAUACGAUCAUUUGGAUGACCAGGCCAAAGAAGCAGCCAGAAAUGCCUUCAAAAAUGAAAGAGAAAGCAAGAUGAGACAUUUCAAGGACGUGCUUGCCAGACUCGACGAGUACAAGUUCCAGCGCUCAGAGGAGAAUGGCUGGGCGGAAGCAGUUGAGAGGCACCUAGGUGAACAGGGCUGGGAGCCAAUGGAGGUGAAGACGCAGGAGGUGAUCGAAGUGGUGGAGGCACCUGAAUGGCGACGUGUCGUCGCCAUUCUGUGCCAUUCUGCUGGAAGAAAUGUGUACAGUGUGUGGUCCGCUGGCAGCUGCGGUUUUGUGACAGAGCAGGGUAAGAAUGCUACUCAGAAUGCUCUGGGUGAACGGGAAAACCAUGGAAAAAACACCUACGAUGAGAGUCACACAGAGCGCUUGCCAGUGAUGUUCAAGACUUUGGAACAAACAACUUGCAGAGUGAAAGUCAUCACUUGUUGGUUUCUCUACGUGCUGCCCAGCCUUGGCGACACGACUUGGGAAGAAAUUUCUCCCCUGCUGAUCGAUGACUUUGCCGAAGACGCAAAGCAGAAUAAGGGCCUUUUGCCAUUUGCCCUGCCGCAAGUUCCAGGGAGCAGUGCAGCGGAGGAGCUAUAUGCUGGUGUCAUUGUAGGGAAAGGCUAUCCUUUCGGCGCUUACAAAAUUGGAGUCUCGGAUGGAGCAUUGACCACGACCAAUGACACUGCCAUGGCAUUUGCGGAAGCAUCACUGUGCAAUGUCUCUUCCAAGUUGUCUCCGUUGACAGCAGGGCCGUCCUUUACUUGCACAUCCAGUUCGUGUUCAGGUCCAGGGCUUAGUAAAGGCUCCACCGUGUGUCGCAGUUCCUUCCAGCCCACGGGCUCCAGCGUGCAGCUGGGUGGACGCGUGGGAACCUACUGGGCUCCAGCACUGUCCUGGCCCAGCUGGGCACAGUUCACCUUUCCAGCUGUGCCACUUGGAGCUGGAAACAUCACCUUGCGCUUCACCUUAGAUUCCAGGUAUCGCCCAGAGCUAUAUGGAGGAAACAGUUGCCCUAACGCCUCGCAAGGAAAAAACUGCAGUCUCUGUACCAGAGGCUCCUGGGAUUUCUCCGUUCCAGCUGGCGUGCAUUUACUAUGGACAGCAGCGGGGCGGGGCGCCUAUCACAUCACUGGGCCUCUGAAAAAUCUGGGCGAGGCUUUCGAUGCAGGAGAGAUGACACAGAUUCUGCAGCCGCCCAAGGACCUGAACUUAGAAGUUGGAGAACAUCCAGUGAUCACCUUCUUCACAUUUAGCCAAUAUCCAGCUUUUGGGGAGGUCGACCGUGACGAGCACGACAGAUGCAGUGUAUCUUGGAGUGACCAGGGACAACACGCCUUCAAGGAUAAGCCUUUGAUGAUCGUGAGUGCUGAGCUCAUCUAUCGACAACCUUUAGCAGUCACAACAAGCGAGCCACCCAAUGAACAUCCCAGGCUUUACGGAUCCAACGAUGAUUGGUUUUCUCAAAGAGUUGAACCUUUCUUUGAGGCUCCUUGUGAGGACGCUUCGGAGCACAAUGUUGGUUGGUUCGGAGGUUCCGGAGUGGCAGAUGUGAAGGCUCAUUUUGAGUACUCAACCAGGGGAUUCAGAUCAUGUUACGAAGCUGCCAAGGAUGGUGGCGACAUUUCCAGCUAUGGUCCAGCAAGAAGUUAUCUUCAAUUUGAUGGAGAGCAACUCCCUUCAUACACAGAUGGCUUGAAAGUGAUGCAUUUGCUGCGACGACUCUGGGCCUGUGCCGCGAAGAAUUUGGAGUCGCCAGAGUCAUUUACUUGCGAGUACAAUGAAAGCGAGGCGGAGCGCUUGGCCAAGUCCCUGGCAACGGUGGAUUUACAUCGCUUCAACCGCACCACUUGGUACUGCGGAGUCAGUUGUGGAGGAGCAGUUGGCGAGGUGCUGUUUGAUUUGACAACUGCGGAGCCGGUGAAUUACUUCAGCACUUGGUACGAUCUUUUGGUGAGUCGAAGUGACUUAUUGAGUCUGGAGGAUGCGUCUAGAGUGUCGGCCUCCCUCAAAGAACAAAUUGGUUUAUUCAUGUCAAAUUUCAAUACCGGCCAUUGGAAUCUGUGGAAUGGGAACAAUUGGACCCCUCAUCUUUGCAUCGCUGCAAUGUCGUGGCUUGUAAGCUUCUGGCAUGAAGAUCCAUCAACUGCCAGGGAAGUGUUGGCAAUGAUCAAUGAUAUUUUGUGGUUGCAUCGAAACAUGUUUACAUCAGAUGGUGUUUAUGUGGAAGGCGUGGCUAUGUACUCUUUCAUGUCGAUUACCGGACUCAUUGGAAUCUCUGCGAUGCAGCGUGCAUCCUUUGGCUUUGCGCCCAAUGCUGUUGAUGCAAAUUCCUUGGCCGGUCUGGUUGAGUACCAUCUUGCAAGCAUGUCCACUGAUGCAUACACUGUGCCAUUUGGUGAUUCGCACAAGAAACGUGGCUGGGGGGACUUUUCGACCUUGCAAGCUGCAGUAGCUUCUGAGAUCAUUGGAAGACCUGUGGAUUCAGCUUUGAGUCCUUGCGGCGCACGUGAAUAUUCCGCAGCUUUGUAUGGCUCUGGCGGCUUAUACGAAGAUCCUUGGAGGAUAAGUCCAGAGCUCCUUUCGUUGAACCUCACCCGACUGGUGGCAUCUUGCAGUUCUGCUGCCACCCAGCCGUUGGGAGGCGCCAUGCAACGCAUCUUCAGCAAGGGUGGCUAUGCGUCCAUGCGACUCCCGCUGCUUGUCCCAGACGACACCUUUCCGUGCUUCGGCAGUGACACGUCGGAGCGCUGCGUGAAGGGCAAGCCGUCGUUGGUGGACAAUAUUCCGUAUUCGUUUUUGGCUCUGCAGGCCAGACCGAAUUCCUACUCGCAUUCCGAAGUGGAUUUCGGAACAUUUACUUGGUCUGCAUGGGGUGUUCGCCUGAUCUCAGAAUAUGGAUAUGGCACCAUUGCUACUGCAGUGGGACAGUGGGAUUUUCGCAGGUAUGAAUACAUCGACAACAACCCUGCUGGACAUAAUACAGUGGUCAUCAACGAAGCUUUUGAUGGUGACACCAUCAACUUUUCGCAGCUCCAUUGGGCCACAGGGCAACUCAUUGGGAUCGACAUAGAGACCGACACCCAAUGGCAGUGCGUUGAGCUGGAUGGCUCAGUCCCUUACGGUUCCAGCCGUCCGGAUGGAUGGAUGGAGACCAUGCGACGUUAUGCGUGUCCACUGGCAGAUGGCUCCUUCGUGCUGAUUGAUGUGUUGCAGGUGAAGAAGGAUCGUUCGGCUCUGAACUUGUAUGGUGCUCAGUAUGGUGGGCCCAACUUCAACGAAGCAGAAGCUGCGCAACGGCUACAUCUGGAGGAAUAUUUCCAUACUGAGACCAGUGCGCCGCUAGCAGAAGAUGCUCCGGGGAAUCGUUUGGCGGAAGAACUUCUGUUCGAUCGAAGUUCAGAUCCCUCCAAGUACAAAUGGUGUUCACAUGUGGAUCCUAUUCUACUGAAUCCAUCUGCCAUCCUGCUGAAAGCUCGUUGUGGUAUGGGAGACCACCGUCCGGCUGAUGGCUUUGGGCUGGUCAGCGGCUUUUCCACUUCUGGUGGGAGCUUUGUGUAUGACGGCUUGGUGACCACGGUGGACUCCUAUUUUCGCAGCAACUGGCUGAAGAAGCGCCGUUUCCGUUUCGUGGGAGAGUCCUCCGUGGGGACGGAGAUCUUCGCGUUUUUGUGCUGAGCCCUUCACUGAACAGCAGCACCAGUCCAACCAUUGUGUUGAGUUCCUGCUCCAGUGAGUUGGGCUGUGACAGUGCCACCGCCAUCAGCUGUUCCUGCGUGGCGAUCUGCUCAGAGGGCACCUUGCGCUGGGUGGUGCUGCUGCGUGGACGGCUGCGGGCCUUAACGAAGGUGGGUGCUUGCGGCUCCAGCAUCACUUGGGAUGACGCUAUGGUGGCCAAACUUCGUGCAGAGGUGUCCACGGUAUCCACUUCAGAAGGAUCUACACCGUCCACAUCCACCGCGGCGAUGUCAACCGACCCGGGAACUCAACGCACGCAGGUAUCGUCCACCGACCCGACCACACACAUAUUUCUUGGGAUGAGCCGGCGGAUGCAGAUGCUACAUAUGUGGUACCUGAUGUGGCUGUGCUGGGUGUGGUGAUGCCCACCUCAAUCCGUACGGAGAUUUGGAUGAAUUCUGUCCGGAUCUGGAUGGGCUCCAGCCGAAAUUCCCAAUACCUGGCAGAAAGGCUUGGUGUUUGUUGCGUGAUGCUG